AUGGAUCCGCCAGCGCCUUCUCCGAGGCCCCCUGCGGGCGAUGGGGCACAGCCAUCGGAGCGGAACCGGCAGCGACCAAGGUCUGCACUCCGUGGCGCCCUCGGGGUGGCCUUCCCCAUCGCGGUAUCGUUCCUCUUCUCCUUCCUCGUCGGGCUCGCUGGGCUCGCGCUUGGUGGUCUCUCGUCCACCGCAUCGGUCUCCAUGCCCUCCACCUGCCGCAUCCUCUCCACCGGUGUUGACCUUAGGUCAUCUAAAGUUUGCGAGCUUGGAUUAUUGAACUAUAGAGCUAAGCAUAUCUUCUACCCGUCGAGUAAGAGAAGAUUCCGCUGCCAUGAUGACUACUACUGGGCUUCAGUUUUACAGGUUGAACACACAGAAUAUUUUUCUGGCCAAGUAUCUUAUGCAGUGGCAGAGGCCCCGAAAGAGGCUCUUCCCCAUAAUUGUCGACCUGAUUUUGGUGCUGCAUGGUCAACAACAUUAAAGUUCAAGGUCAAUGAAUCGUACAGCUGCAGAUAUAUGCUAGGUAGUAACAAGGCUGAUAUUCACUCGGAAAAGUUAUUCAAUUGUACUGCUGAGGAACCUUCAGCUACGGAGCUGCUCAAAAGGAUACUUAUACUGUUUUCAGAGAUGUAUGUGUCAGAAGAUUUCAGUUCAGAACGAAUGCUUGGAUAUGUAGCAGCAGGUGUUGUGCUCGGCAUGCUGAGUUCGAUGUUCAUUACAGUCUUAUUUAGAGGUUUCUAUGGAUUGUUGCUUGCUGCUGCCAGGUGGGCUGUGAGGAAGCAUAGCAUCAGAGCAUUUGCCAGUCGGUUGAAGCGUGCCUGCCUUCUUGUUGCCUAUGUAUCUGCUGUUGGUUGGAUCACCUUGCAGUAUAGCAAAUUUAUCGGAUUGAAAGAACUUUUGUCGGAUUCUGAACUCAUGGAGAGGUUCUUUUAA